AUGGCGGUCCCAAGUACGGUGACGAUGAAGGACAUGUCCGGCACCUACGUUCUUAAUAAGACAAUUUCCGACUCCGCCACAGAGAUGCUGAAAAUGCAGGGCAUUGGCUUCAUCAUCCGGCAAGCGGUGGCUUUCAGUACCGUCACGAACACAACCAGCCAAUAUACCGACAAGGAUGGCAAAUUGCAUCUUGACCAGAAGCAAGUCUCCACGGGCGGCAUUACCAACGAGGAAGAACGAACCAUCGAUGGAGAAUGGCAUGAAUCAGCCAACAAGAUUUGGGGCAAGGUCAAGGGGCGUAGUAGGAUGGUCAAGGUGUCCGAGCUCGAUGACGACUUUCUGAAGGAAGGUUGGGCUCAGGAUUGCCUGGAAGGCGAAGUCCUGGAGUCAGUCAACGAGAGCUUGUCAGACACCUGGAAGGCCACAGUCAUCUUCGGCUUCGCGGAUGUCAAUGGUGAGAGGAAACACGUGCGACGCAUCACGUGCGUCAAGGGUAAUCACCGCGAGAAGAUGAGGCAGGUGUGGGACUGGAAGGCACAAUAA